GCAAGGCGCCACCCUGCAGCCCGUGCUGCGUUAACAGCGAAGAUGGAAGUAGGAAUAGCAUCAACAAUUUCACGGCGCUCCUGGCCGGUCGCGCUGCCUCCAGCGCAGCUGGCUCGUUCUGGACAAGUACGACUGCAGCAGCACCGACUGGGAUGAAUUACACCGAAAACAACAACUUGGCCAGAAACGCGACGAACUAUGUUGCCAGCGCUCUGCAUAACCAAGCAGCAACAUCUGCAUCAAUAGGAUCGAUAUUGUCUGAAGAUGGCGGCCACGUGGCAACGAGCAUUUCUACACCGGCG